AUGGCAGCUGUCGCUACCCCUCGCGCUCCGACGCCGCGACCGAAAGCCCCCGCGACCGUCAGCUUCUUGAACGAUCCGGCCGCGGCCGCUCCUACACCUCUGGCCACCCCCGGCGCCGAACGAACCCGCCCUCCGCUACAGACCAAUCCUUCCGCUCGCCGAUCUGCUCGACCUACUCCUACAGACUAUCUCUCCGACAAAGCAACCGCCGCCUUCAUCCGCCGUGUCCUGUGCUCCAAGCACCUCGCCGAAAGGGGGAGGGCAACACCGUCCCCGAUCGAGGAACUACUGCCACCCCUGACCAGCCGAAACGAUGUCGAUCUUCAGCUAUACGCACUCAUAUCUGUGAUUCUGAGGGAAUACGUACAAGUGUGGUACAGCAAAAUCACACCCGAUGACACUUUUGUAGACGAAGUCGUCCAAAUAAUCGCCCAUUGUACAAGGGCCCUGGAGCAGAGAUUGCGAGAAGUCGACCUCGAGAGCCUUUUGUUUGACGAGCUUCCCGAUUUACUGGAUAGACAUAUCCUCGCCUACCGCGCGGCGCAUGAUCCGGUGUCUCGACCACCAACUGAAAUAGACCCACGAGAAAUCUAUCAUUCACUAUGCCCUUUGGCUCCUUUGACGCCCAUACCUCGCCCCGAAGACCCCUCGUCUGUUGCGAGACAGCAAGAGAACGAGACGCUUUAUCGUCAGCUGUUGGUACAGGGCGUCCUGGCUGUUCUCCUACCGACCGAAGACCUCGAAAACGAUUGCUUGACCUCUCUGGUUGGCCAAAUCUUUUCCGAGCUCAUCAUUGGCAACGUCCUCGCCAAUCGUCUUUCGCAACCAUGGCUCAUUUACGAAAUAUUUAUCAUCCUCACCAGAGUUCUCGACAGGAAAGCAUCAGAGCCUAUCGAAGAGGGAGUGGCGGAGGCGUUGCAGGCCGGGUCAACAUCCGCCCUCCCCAGGCCUGUUCGCCGCAGUUGGUCCAUUCAGGGCGCGUUCUGGUCGCUCGUACAAUGGUCAUUUCUCGCUUUCUCGACUGUCCGCUUCCUCGUCAUCACUCUCGCAAUGUCUUCAUCCCUGCCACCAAGGUUAGACGGCGAGCUGAAUGAAAAGGACCAAGCGACUGGUCAAAUAUCGCAUUCGAAGACGUUGAAUCCUCCAGCUAGCUCGAACGAAGGGCAGCCUGUCAAAACACCCAUUGCUGCCUUCAAGCUGUGGAGUUGCGUAGCAGAUUUGAUCGAAAUGGACUCUCGCAUGCCUUGGUUGAGUGGAAUCAUGUCACUUUUCCAGCUCGGGGCAAUGAGCGGCCCAGGACGUAUUGCUGGUCUCAAUGGAGCCAUGGACAGGCUCAUUUCGCACACCAUUCACCAACGUCUUCUCGACGCCGCAUUACUGCCAACCAUUCUCCGCUCCAUCCGCGCCGCUCUCUUCCCCAACAACGCCCCCGGCGUCUCGACCUUGGUGGCCCCCUCUUCCGACGAGGAGCUGCGUUCCUUACGCCGCAGGUGCGCUAGCGCCAUGCUAGCCAGCAUCCCGCCCUGGUUGGCUGGCCUGUAUCUAGGCGGGCGAGGCCUUGGCUUCCGGUGGCGGUCCGGACCGGAGUCAAGGCCUGGUGCUGCUGAUGAUGCUGCUCCUUUGCCCAUGAGCGAGAGCGAGGCCGAUGUUCCUGGCAGGGGUGAUGCCACUAACGGGAACAGAACUAAUGAUUUAGGUAAUGAAAGUAAAGAGAAUGAGGACGAGGAUCAGCAGCGAAUGCUGGCCGAGAUCGAAGAGAGCAUACUCGAUAUCUUCUCAGACGAAUACUGCAAUAAGCACUUGGUGUACAGCAUCCUGGAGCUGAUUCUGGUGAGACUGAUGCCGGAGCUGGUGGAGAAGGGCGUCGUUGAACUCUGGGAGGAGCGUCUGAGUCUGUGA